AUGCCCACGGUCGCUGAAGAGUAUGAAGUCCUUCUCAAGUUCUCGAAUGAUACACACGACUGCGCGACAGUACAGCUACUGCGAGAAUACAGCAGGAACGCAGGCGCGUUCGUCCUUCUUCAGCCAGGAGAGGUCAUCACGCUCGUGCUAGAGGCAGGCUCGACAUACAGAUACGUGUUGAAGACGCGCUCGAAGCUCGCCAGCGUCUCUGCACGAGCAUGGCGAGACGUCCACUGCACGGUUUCACAACUCUUCGCACAGCAACAACAUCACCAGCAACAACAACAGAUACAGGCGGGCUCUGUGAGUCCCGUCAACGGCCUUACCGUCGAUCGGAUAUGGCGGGACUUCAGGUUUACCAUGUGGACCGAUUGA